GUUCUGUGGGAGUUUUCUGGACUUUAAGCUGUCUAUCUACAGUAUCUAGCGUUAGCUGACCUGCUGAAACUCGGCUGUGUGCCAAACUGCACGGCUCGUGUUUUUCUCUGUGUCUGAACUUAAAUUUAGAACUAUUUUGUCACAGAUCUGGCAUUUUCUAGUUAUAUAAAGCGACAGUCUGGCUGAAUGAGCCAAGCUCCACUGAGGGUUACAGGUUAGCUGUAGUGUUUUUUGUUACUCUGAACCUGGAAGCGUUUCUUUCUUUUCCUGUUUUCAGCUAAAAGUGGUGAGUUAGUGAAGUUCUACAGGCACGUCUGCUGGGUUUUCUCUUCAGAAGAAUGGAUGUUGAUAGGUAUUUAGCUCGUAUCGGCUGCCCCUCUCCCUGUUCUCCGACUCUGGAGACGCUGAGGUGCCUUCACCUAAACCACCUGCUGGCGGUUCCUUUCGAGAACCUCUCCGUUCAUUCGGGGGAGCCGCUCAGCCUGGACCUUCCUCUGCUCUACCAGAAAAUAGUGGUGAACAGGAGAGGAGGGUUCUGCUAUGAAUUAAACGGCCUCUUCUGGUGGCUUCUGUGUCAGCUGGGUUUUGAGGUCCACAUUCUCUCUGCACAGGUGAAGAACCGCUUCACAGGGGCCUAUGGACCACCCUUUGACCACUUCAUCUCAAUGGUGACCCUUGAAGGUCACAGGUGGCUCUGUGAUGUGGGCUUUGGCUCUGGUUUCCAGCUCCCUCUUUCUCUCGAGACAGACGGUCCCCAAAAGCAGACCCAUGGACUGUAUCGUCUAAGGACUGAAGCUCAGCUGAUGUACGUGGAAAUGUCUGAGAUUGAUGCCAUAAAGAACCCAAAGGAGGACACUGCAUGGAGGGCACUCUACAAAUUCACCUUUGAACCACGUCAGAGGGAAGAUUUCAACGCCAUGUGUCACUACCACCAGACCUCCAUCCACUCAGUCUUCGUCUGCAAGUCCUUAUGCUCCCUACUGCUGCCCAAUGGAAGGAUUACAAUCAUAGGCCGCAAACUCAUCAUCAACAGCUUGUCUGAUAAGAAGGACCAGCCGAGCCAAACCAAAACUGACCUUUCAGAUCAAGAAAUAACAGAAUUACUGAAGGACAAGUUUGGAAUAGUGCUUUCCAAUCCAUUAACACCAAAAGACACUGACAUUGUGCCCCCACCAGUAAACUAUUAAAGAAUAGCCUGUUGAAAUGUAUGAGGAAAACAACUCCAGGAGAGUAGAAGUGUUAAUGCAGUGUUAAUUGUUUUAUUUCUUUGCAAUGUUGGUUCAGAUGGAAAAUAUCGUUUAAAAAUAAUUUUUAAAAAGCACAAUUCCUUUCUAAUUUCCCUAAUAAUUAGUUAUUUCUCUAAUAAUUAAUUUCACCUUUGGGAUUAAUAAAGGGUAUUUUAUGAGAUAUUGAGCCACAUACAUAACGUGUUUAAAGCUUCAAAAUGAUACAACUGAUAACUGAUAAUCAUUGUGCCAAACUACAUAGAGCAAUUUUGUCUUUGGUUGGCAAACAUUCUUAAUGCUGAAGGUCUGACAAUGGAUUCUGGGGUGUUAAGGGGCCUAUAUCUUACAUUUAUAUUUUUGUCCUUCUUGGAGGUUUUUGUAUAUUUUCGUGUAGCUACAUAUCAUAAUUAAACCGUUUUGCUGAGAUUGUAA